AUGAAUGGAUAUUCUUUUGCUCUCCAUGGUAUGAGAGGCUGCCUUGAGCCGAAAUAUAAUGUGAAGGUAUCUGCUAUCAACUUGAGUCCUGAACAUGGCUCAAAUUGGUCUCACAACUAUCAUAUCAAAUUGGCAGAACCUAGUUUUUGCAUUUGUAGAGAGUCAUGGCAGGCUAUGACUUUCGAAAAUGUUGUGCUUGAGCUGUUCUUAGGUUCUUUAGAUACUCUUGAAAAGGCUCUCUGGACAACCAAUAGUACCAUGAGGCUGGUUCAAGCUGUUGCUCCUCACAUGGCAUCUAGGAAGAAGGGGAAAAUCGUAAAUGUUGGAAGUGUUACUGUUAUGGCUCCUGUUCCGUGGGCUGGGGUCUAUACUGCGACCAAAGCAGCUCUUCAUUCACUAACUGAUACCUUGAGGCUGGAACUCAGGCCUUUAGGGAUUGAUGUGAUCAAUGUUGUUCCUGGAGCUAUUAAAUCAAACCUUGGAAAUUCUGCCAUAGCCAGCUACAACCAGAUGCCUGAGUGGAAGUUAUACAAGCCAUUUGAAGAAGCAAUACGGGAGAGAGCAUAUCUUUCACAAGGACUUAAGGCCACUCCGACAGAAGAGUUUGCAAAAAAACCGUUGCGGCGUUUAAUGGAAUCUUGUGGCCGACAAGUGGUUUUAAUCACUGGUUGCUCCCAAGGAGGUAUAGGUCAUGCUUUGGCACGUGAAUUUUCUGCUAACAACUGCCUUGUUGUGGCCACAGCUAGGUCUUUGUCUUCCAUGGCAGACCUUGAUCAAGAUCACAGAUUUUACCUCCAAGAAUUGGAUGUUUUGUCAGAUGAGAGUGUGCAGCAUGUUGUGUCCAAUGUUGUUGAAAUAUAUGGUAGAGUUGAUAUUUUGGUUAACAAUGCUGGGAUUCUCUGUGUUGGCCCUCUUGCUGAGAUCCCUUUCUCUGCUAUGCAAAACACUUUCGACACCAAUGACUUCAUUAGCAGACAGGCUGUACAACUUGCUUGCUUUUUCUUUGGGGUUUUGGCUAGUGCUUGA